UCACAACCACAAAGAGUUCCUGGCAGGUUUAGCCACCGGGGCCGUCGGCGUCAGCGUCAUAGUUGGAUUGAAACGUCUGUAUGACAGCAUGUCAGAUAGUUUUUUAAAAGAGGGAAGAAACUUAAAGAAAGGUGUCCGACGAUUAAAAAUCCUUGUCUGUGGAGGUGGAAAUGGCGCGCAUUGCAUGGCGGGAGUUGCCGGUUCCCAUGAAGAAAUUGAUGUGAAGAUACUUUCACUUUUUGAAGACGAAGCUGAACGAUGGUCAAAUAUAUUAAAAUCAAAUUUUCUGACGGUCUACGAACCGCUUGUAAAUGGGGGUCAUAUGGAAAUAUCAACCAAACCAAAGAUUGUUACGAAUGAUCCCGAGAAAGCUGUCGACGGCGUUGAUAUUGUUUUCAUGGUUGUACCCGCAUUUGCUCACUCUCAGUACCUUACGGCCAUUGCACCAUUUAUCAAACCGAAUACUUUAAUUGUUGGGAUGCCUGGACAGGCCGGUUUUGAGUUUCAGUGUAUUAACAUAUUGGGCCCAAAAUCUUCCCAAUUGGCUAUUGCAUCAUUCGAAUCUCUUCCAUGGGCCUGUAGAGUAGAUGACUUCGGUAAACAUGUCCAGUUAAUUGGUUUCAAAGAUGUCCUUGGUAUGUCGGUAGUCACAGGAAAGGAAUGUCAUAUUCCGUUUCCCAUUGUCGAUACAAUUCAAGAUAUAUUUGGUAAGAAGCCAGCAAUUAAUUUAGUACAGAAUUAUAUUGCAAUUAAUCUGAUGGCAAAAUCUAUUAUACACCCUCCGCUCAUGUAUGGUACUUGGAGUAACUGGGAUGGUAAACCUGUCAGGGAGAAACCAUUGUUUUAUCAGGGCGUGGAUACAAAGCAAGCAAAUUUCCUUUCUAAGGUUAGCGACGAAUGUAUACUCACAGCCAAGAAGAUAGAGAAGCUACGAAAUAAUCUAAAAAUGAAAGAUGUCAUUCAUAUAUUUGAUUGGUACAAAACUUAUUACCAUGACGAAAUCUCUGAUAACAGUUCAUUGAUGAUGGCCAUGAGAACCAAUGCAGCAUACGAUGGUCUUCUCCAUCCAAUGAAAGCUGUGGAAGGUGGGUUUGUACCAGAUUUUAACUACCGGUAUACGAGAGAAGACAUUCCCUUUGGUCUCGUGGUAAUGAAAGGCAUAGCGGAACUAGCUGGAGUGGCGACACCUACGAUGGAUGAGAUAAUCACAUGGGCACAGAAUAAGCUGGGAAAAGAAUAUUUGGUGAACGGGAAGUUAAUCGGAAAGGAUAUAAAAGAAGCCCGAGCCCCUCAGUCUUUCGGAUUCACCACACUUGAUGACCUGUUUAAUAUUUAACCUUUGUUGAUAUGGCAACGAUAAUAACAUCUUUUAAACAUGAUCAUAUUUUGACAGGUAAACAUGGUCUGGCGACCAUGUUAUAUAGUGCCUUCAAUUUAUAUAUGCAUUUAUAUAUAUAUACGUGUAAUUAAAAAAAAAAACAUUUUAAAGGUGAACAAAAUGAAGUGCAAGUUAAUAAUCGUAAGCAUAGGGAUAAGCUGACCUACCUCAUAAU